AUGGAGUCAAAUUAUGUGAGAGUCGGAGGAAAAUACGUUCUACGGAAAAGAAUAGGUGGAGGCUCAUUUGGAGAUAUUUUUUAUGGAUCUAAUUUAGAAACUCAAGCGGAUGUCGCAAUAAAAUUAGAAAGUGUAAAUACAACCCCACCUCAACUUAUAAAUGAAGCUAAAAUAAUCAGAAGUCUAAAAGGUGAAGGAAUUCCAAAAGUCUACUGAUCAGGGUCUGAGGGCAAUUAUAACAUCAUGGCUAUGGAGCUUUUAGGAUCUUCACUAGAAGAUGCUUUCGCAGCAAAUGACAGGAGAAUAUCCACAAAAUCUGCCUGCAUGAUGUGCGAUCAAAUGGUUCAGAGGAUAGAAACCAUCCACAACCAAGACUAUAUCCACAGAGAUAUCAAACCGGAAAAUUUUUUAUUUGGCUUGAAUGAAAAAGAAAGCCAGAUUUAUAUAAUUGACUUCGGACUUUCAAAAAAAUACAGAGAAAGCAAAACAAAGCAGCAUAUUCAAUACAAAGAUAAAAAGAGCUUAACUGGGACUGCAAGAUAUGCAUCUUUAAAUGCACAUCAAGGGAUAGAUCAAACUAGAAGAGACGAUUUAGAAGGAAUAAUAUAUGUUUUCAUAGGCUCCAUGUCAAAUGACUGUGAAUUUUGAUAUUGCGACAUCUCCUAGGGAAAAUUUGUUCGAAUAAUUUUUGAUAGUUAGACGUUAGACAGAUAAAACAGUUAAAUUUCGGCCAAAUGGGUACACUAGUUAAAAAAUUUCGACCAAAAGUACUUUGGUGAAAUAUACACUAUCAAAAAGGCACUAUCAUUGGCCUCACCUGUUUUCAUAUAUUUUCUAAAAGGAGCUUUGCCUUGGCAAGGACUACACAUAAAAAAUAAAACCGAAAAGUACAACAAAAUAAUGACUACAAAAAUGAACACAAGUGUGGGAGAGUUAUGUAAAGGCUGUCCUUCUGAAGUAGCUGUUUUACUUAAUUACUGCAAAGGACUGAGAUUUGAAGAAAAUCCUAAUUACAAUUAUAUGAGAGAACAAAUUGCAUCAAUUGCAAGAAAAGAAAAUUUUCAGCUUGAUUUGAUAUUCGAAUGAAGCAAGUUUAACAAAGGUCGUAGCUCAGUAAAAAAAGCUGAAAUCGAGGAAAUUGAAGUUCCAGUUCAGAAAGGAAAAAAGACGAAAAAGAUAAGAAAAAAGCAAGCGAUUGGGAAAAGUCCAAAAAAUAUAGAAACUGAGCAGAUAUUAGCACCUGCUCAAGCUGAAGUCAAAGACGAAGAUUGCGAAACCGUAGUUGGCAAUAGUUGACCAGAGUUUUUUGAUCGCGAAAAGAUAUUCAGUUUUCGACAAAACAAGAGCCGGAUAGCUUUCCAAUGAAAAUGGAAACAGAAGAAACAGAUGCAAUGGAAAGAGAUGGAAGUCUUUGCAUAA